AUGUGUGAAAACCAAGCUUUAUUAACAUAUUCAAACAAAUCUGAUGAUGAUGAUAAUAAUAAGAAUCAGUACAAAUCAUCGAUGUUCUCAAAAUUUAUCUGUUUUUUUCGUCGUCAUAAAAAAGCUUCAGAAGAUGAAAAUGAUGCUCUUGAUAAUUCUAAUCAUGAGUCAAUCAUUAAAUUUAUUCAAUUAUUUAAUUUUUCUGAUCGUAUUGAUAUGUUAUUGCUGUUCAUCGGUUUAUUGUCGACAAUUUUACAUGCUAUUUGUAUUGUUAUUCAUAAUGUACUGUUCGGAAGAUUAACAGGUGAUUUUAUCACGACACCAUUCUCGAAUGGUUGUCAAUCUUUAAUGAAAAAUUUAUCACUAUUAAAUCAAACAAACUUCAUCUGUCCAUUUGUUAUUGGAUGUAUCGAACUCGUACUUGGUACUGUACAAUAUUAUACAUUUACAAUAAGUGCUAAACGGCAAACAUCUCGCAUUAAUAUUCUUCUUUUUCAAUCACUUAUUGGCAGAGAUAUCAAUUAUUUUGAUACAAAUCCAGCGGGUGUAUUAAAUAGAAAAUUAUUUGAUAAUAUAAAUAUGAUAAAUAAAGGGAUUGGUUUUGAAUUAUCAGCAUUAAUUGGAACAAUAAUUUGUAGUAUAAUCAGUAUUAUUGUUUGUUUUUUCUUUAGUUGGAAAUUAACUUUAAUUAUGAUAAGUACAAUCCCCUUUGUUUUUGUUGGUUUACAAAUAUUUUCAAAAUUGACAAAUAAAGAAACCAAAAAUGAAUUAGCAUCAUAUGCAAAAGCUGGUCAAAUUGUUCAAGAAGUAUUUAGUUCAAUUCGUACUGUUUUGUCAUUGAAUGGUGGAAAAUUUGAAUUAGAACGUUAUCAAAAAGCUGUGUUAGAUACAACUAAAUCUAAUAUACGUAAAGGUUCUGUUCUUGGUCUUUUUAUUGGUUGGUUAAUAUUCAUUUCAUAUUUGAUAAAUUCAAUUGGAUUUAUUUUUUCUUCAAUUCUUUUACAUGAUGAUAAUCAAUUAAAUAUUAGCGAUAUUCUUGUUGUAAUUAAUGUAUUUGCACAAGGCGUAUCUGUUUUUGGUUAUAUAGGUCCUUUUAUACAAUCAGCUUUAGAAGCUCGAAUUGCAGCAACACCAAUUUUUCAACUUAUUGAUCAGACAGAAAAAAGAAAUAAAAAUAAUAAAGAAAAUGCUAAUAUAAACGGUCAUAUUCAAUUUAAAAAUGUUUAUUUUAAUUAUCCGUGUCGAAAAGAUAUAACUGUUUUGAACAAUUUGAAUCUAACGAUUCAAUAUGGUAAAACAACUGCUUUAGUUGGUGAAAGUGGUUCUGGAAAAAGUACAUGUAUUUCACUUCUUCUCAAAUAUUAUGAUCAUUCAUCAGGUGAAAUACUAAUAAAUGAUCAUUCGAUUUCAGAAUAUGAUACUGAACAACUACGAUUAAAUAUUGGUGUCGUCAGUCAAGAUCCUGUUUUAUUUAGUACAACAAUUUAUGAAAAUAUAUCUUACGGUAAAGAAAAUGCAACGAAAGAUCAAAUUGAGGAAGCUGCCAAACAGGCAAAUGCGCACGAUUUUAUCAUGAAAUUACCAAAUAAAUAUUCUACGCUUGUUGGAGAAGGUGGAAUUCAAUUGAGUGUUGGCGAAAAACAACGUAUCGCAUUAGCUCGUGCUCUAGUUAAACAAUCUCAAAUACUUUUACUAGAUGAAGCAACAAGUGCUCUUGAUUGUGAAAAUGAAUAUAUUAUUCAACAAGCAUUAAAUAAUAUUUGUAAAGGUCGUACUAUUGUAAUCGUUGCUCAUCGUUUAACAACAAUUCGAAAUGCUGAUUAUAUCUAUGUAUUAGAUCAUGGUUAUGUGAUAGAACAAGGAACACAUCAAUCAUUAAUGGAAAUCGAAAAUGGAAAAUAUCGAACGAUGUCUAAUUAUCAACAAAUUGAAAUUCAAGCUGAUCAUCACGAUAAAAUAUAUUCUAUGAUGCAACAAGAAAUAGUAGAAGAUAAACAAGAAAUAAUCGAUAACGAUCAACCAAAAAUUAAUUAUUCUGCUUCGAUCAGCACACAUCAAUUUACAGCAUUUGCUGUAGCAGGAUCCAAGUUAACAGAACGUAUUCGUACAAAAGCUUUUGCUUGUCUUCUUCGUCAAGAAGUUGCUUAUUUUGAUCGAAGUGAAAAUAGUUCUGGUGCUAUUUGUCAUCAUCUGUUAUCUGAUGCUUUAUCUAUUCAACAAAUAGCUGCUACCAGAUUAGGUUAUAUUUGCGAAACUUUAGCUAUGUUUAUACUUGGAAUUAUUCUCGGGUUUUUAUUUAAUUAUCAAUUUACUUUAAUUGUUAUAUUUAUUCUUUUUAUUGUUGCUAUGCUUACCUAUAUUAAUAUUAUAUUUGAAAUGCGUUUGCAUAAAGAAUGUAGGGAAAUUCUUCAGCAAGCAAGUUCAAUAUCUGCAGAAGUGCUUCAUAAUAUGCGCACAGUAAAAUAUUUAUCAAUGGAGAAAAGAUUUAUAAAACAAUAUAGUGAACUUAUACUACAAUGUUUCGUAAUAUCGAAAAAAUAUGUACUAUUAUCAUCGAUAACUUUUGGUGUAUUUUGGUCAUCGAAGCCAUUUGUUGUUGCUGCUUUGUAUUGGCAUUCGCUUGUUCUUGCUGAAAAGAAAGAAUUAGAAUGGAAUAAUAUAAUCAUUGUUUUUGCAUUUGCAACUUUUUUUAUUCAAUCACUAAGAAUUGUUACGAUCAUGAUACGAGAUAUGGGUACAUCGCUUUCAGCUGCACAAAAUUUUUUUAAUUUAUUUGAUCGAGUAUCAUUCAUCGACAGUAGUUCAACAGAAGGAAUGAUAUUGAGUAAUGAGCUUGGUGAUAUUCGAUUUGAUCGUGUUAAAUUUUCUUAUCCAUGUCGACGAACAUCGAUUGUUCUUAACAUAUUGAAAUUAAUAAUUAAAUCUAGUAAUUAUAAAAUUUAA